ACCCAGUUGGAGAUGGAAAGGUACCUCCCCCAGACCACAUGCAGUCUCCUCCAUCCUCCAUCCAUGGCCCACACAGACAAGAAGAACUGCGGAGAGAGCGCCUCAUUGGUGGACAAGUACUUCUCAGAGGAGAAGCACAACACAGCUCCCUACAGCAUCAACAUCAACCUCAUCCUCCCCAAAACCACCCACCUCUGCACCGGCCUGAACCGGCCCAACAAGCCCCAGCAGCACCACCAGACCCAUCUCCUCCAGCACAUCAAGACAGAGCCUUGGUUGGAGGUCCCAGUGUCCUGCUCCAUCCAGACCCUGCCUGACUUCAUGUCUGUCUUCAGCAUUCCCCAGACCGUCAACACUAUGUUUAUCAAACCCGAUAUGGCCACCAGCGGACACCCAGUUUCAGAUACCGAGCUGCAUAUUGGCCCCCAACAACUGCAGGUCUACCAGAUGCCCAUCCCCGUCAGCGGAGCUGACCUUACAAUGACACUCUCCCGCAGCAACCAAUCAGGGACCAGCGGAGCCGGCAACGGUAGAACCAUGCUCAACCUGAACAGUGUCUCCUUGACAACGGUGGGUCACGGCGGUGGUGACUCGUUGUUUGCAAUGCCGGAGCAUUUGUACCACCACCACGCCAAGGUGUCGCUCCAGUCACAGCCCCACAGCCUACCUCCCUCACCCCCCAACUCGCAGCCGGGAAGUCCUGAGAACCAGGCUGAGCUGCUGACCACUCCACCGCCCUUCCAGGCCUCUAGCAGACUGGGGUUAAAGGUCACCCAGAUGUCCCACCACUCCAUGCUUAUGGCCCACGGUCAAUGGGUGCUGACAGGACCCAGGUACAACCGACGGAACAAACCUGAGCUCGAGAAGAGACGGAUCCACUUCUGUGACUUUCCUGGCUGCUCAAAGGUUUACACAAAGAGCUCUCACUUGAAAGCACACCAAAGGACACACACAGGUAAGAAAGA